AUGGUGGGGCACAAUGCUCCUUUCAAGGAAGGGAACUACCGCAUGACCGUGGAGGAGUUGAAGAAGGUCACCAAGUGCGCCAUCUGUCGGAAACCCGGUCACUGGCACAAGGAAUGCCCUGACAAGGACCGAGAUCGUGGAGCCCCGAAGGAGGCCCAUGUGUUGGAAGAGGCCAUCUUCUGCGGCCACCUUGAGGAGCACCCGGGUGAGGGUGCUUUUCUCCCUGGAGGUGAACGCCUGAGCGAUGAAAUCUCCGCAGAUGUCCCGGGUCAUGGCGGCCCGGGAUCUAGUGAUCGACGCCUGAUGGCACCUCACGUCGAGAGUGCAUAUAUGGCCGAACUCCAGGGUGACCCUUGGGAAGGACCACGAGAGGAGGCCCACUUUCCCUCUCUCUGGGGAUGGAACCGCCUGCUUCGGAAGUUGCUCUAUGUCAUGCAAGGGCUCAACGUGUUGCUCGAGAACCUGAUGAAGCGGCCGACGGAGGCCCGCGACCUACAUCCUCCUCGCCAUCGAUUACCCGAUCCGGAAGAAGAACGAGAACAGAAGGACCAAAAGUCCCUCUACAUCACUCGACUGACUCGCCAACAUCCGGGAGCUCAGUACCAAGAGGGAUACCCUCCGCCUCGCUACCCGAUCUACCAGGAGGACAUGAACAAUCUCACUCCGCCAAUGGCCCGCCGCCUGCAGCAGUCGGGAGCUUCAGUCGGGGGGAAUUUGGGAGGACGGUCCCUACCAGGGAUGAUCAAGGCCGAGGAGAGUCAGCUGAGCGGUAGGAAGUUGAAGCGCUUGCUGCGACAGGGACAGGGUGCCCUAGCAGAAGCCCACCAAAUGUGGCAGAACCUUAUGACUUGCCUACAGGAGCCAGAGGGACCUAAUCCCUUUGACCAGUACCCUACAGCUCUGGUAGACCACAUCCUUAAGGCAUAUAAGGCCUCCAUCUCCUACACCGAGGAGCUCUAUGUCUCCCACACCGACGACCUCUUCAAGGAGAGCUACCAAGUGGACCGACUCAUGGAGAUCAUGGAGAAGAUGAACUACCGGAAGAAGACCCUCAUGCUGAACGACCUCUACCUCUUGAACGACCAGGCCAUCUAUUGUGACCUUGGAAAAGAGUUCAAAGGACACUUCGAGCUCAUGGCGGACCAGAACGACAUCUACCUGGACCCAGGAUCUUUAGAGAUGCCAACUCAAAGAGCCAUCACGGAACGAGCUGGUAGAAGCUUUAAAGAAGUCCUGCCCAAAACGCUAAUGGAAGCAGGUUGCUCAUCUUGGGACGAGUGGCACCUCAUCGUGGACGAGGUCAACGCUACCAUGAACCGCCUGUCCAACAAAUCCGGCUUCAGCCCCAUUCAACGGAUGCUUGGUUACAGUCCCAGACUUCCAGGAGGCAUCUUUCAAGGAGGUGAAGGUAGCAUUGGAGUGAUGUCCCGUUAUCACGCAGGUGAUGCACAAGUUCAACGAUCCACAGACAUUCGAACCCAAGCCGCUGUUGCAUUCCAUCAAGUCGAGUGCGAACAAGCCUUGAAACACUCGGUCUAUGCAGGCCCCAAACGGUUCUACGACUAUGAGGUGGGUCAAACGGUCUACUUCUGGAGAAAGGGAAUGGAACGACAGAAGAAGGACUCUCCAGCCUUUUGGCAUGGGCCUGGCAAGGUCAUCCUCACGGACCUCCCGAACACAAUAUGGGUCAGCUAUAGAGGAACUCUCGUGAAAGCAGCUCCCGAACACCUUCGUCCCAUAACCAAUGACGAAAAGUUCCAGUUCAUGGACUUCUUGACCGACAUUGUCAACACCCAGAAGGAGAUCCAGAACCACAAGAUUAGAAACUAUAUCAUCCUCGACGAGAAGCCCCCGGCCAUCGAGAAUGCACCCUUACCAGAACAAGAAGAAGAUCGUGAUCGACCUGACGGGAGGAACCACCACCACCAAAGAAACCUCGAUACCGAAUUGAAGGAAAAACAGCAGAGACCGAGGUGGGAUGGGACAGAUGGUUUCAAAGACCUAGGUGCCCAAUGGACAGGUACCACCACCUUUUUCAAGUCCAAGGACAAGAAGGUCACGAACCAAACCCUGUCUGAACGAUUCCUCCAACUGGCUAAGAAACACAGUCAAGGAGGAUACCUCCUUUUCUACUACCACCAGGAUCUAGAAACCUCUGACCACAAGCAGGACAUCACGAUUGCUGGUUGGAAGAGCUAUAAGCUCAAACGCUGCACAGUGAACACCCUGUCGGCAGAGUGCCAAUCGAUGCUUCAGGGCAUCGGCAACCUCCACUGGCAUCGCUUCUUGCUGGCCGAGCUGUUCGAUGUCAAUCUUCAGAUUGAUAAAUGGGAGUCACAGCUGGCCAGCUUUCCUUUUGUUGCAGCCACAGACUCAAAGUCCCUCUACGACACGAUGACCAAGUGUCGCAACACCUCAGCACACAUAGAUGACAAGCGCACUGGCAUCGACCUCACCAUCCUCAAGAGUCGCACGCCUCCGGGGCCCACUUGGUGCUUCCCUGGCGGCGACGAGGCCUUUGUGGAGUUGGGCGUCCGCGGUCGAAAAGCCCUGGUCCUACGCGGCGAUGGCCGGACCCAAGAGGUGCUCUUCCGACUGAGCCGCCAGGUAGAUAGUUUUGAGAUCGGCCCAGAGGGUGUGCGCGGGCAUCGGGUACCUCUCACAGAGGUAUCUGCUGUGUACACUGGGAACAGCCUGCAAGCAAAGGAGCUUACCACACCAGGACUGGAUGCCACCUGCGCGGUGGUCGAUCUCACCGAUGGCAGGUCAUUAAUGCUUCGCUUCCCGGUGGAAACCAGCGCGCAGGCUGCCGAGGCCCAAAUUUUCGCGCACUGCAUGCAGAUUUUCGUGAACGAGGUUCGUCGGGAGUCUGGAGGAAGUCAGAGAUCACCUGAGUCGGCCUAG